UACUACUAGGUACUCGGCAACUUUGUGUCCAGAUUUCACAUGCACAGUCACUACCAGGAAACUGCAUGGUUUGGGGGGGAGGAGAAUUACAGUAUGGGAAGUAGAUAGGAAUAUAAAUACUGCGCUACAAAACAAUAUAUGUCACAGCUGUGAUAUGAUUAUGAAAGAAGGAAGGAAGGAACAAGAAAUACUUCUAUUAAGGUAGAAGACUGCAUCUACUGCAUUUAUUAGAAUGGAGCAGGCCUUUCUUUUGGUUUUACAAGUAGUCUUAUGGCCCACUCUUGCAGCCUUGUUCACAGUGGAGGUGGACACUCCUUUCCACGUGGCAGAGUUCCGCGGUGUAGUCACCAUGGGUUGCAGGUUCCAACCUGGGGGCCAGGGCCCAAACUUGUCAGUGAUAUGGCAUCGCAUCUGGCCUCCUCCAGUUGUGGAGGUGUACAGGCUGGAGAACAGACAGGAAGACCUCACUUCCCAGAAUCCCCAGUACCGUGGCAGGGUACGAUUGGUGACAGAGGAGAUGACCAAUGGGUGGGCCAAGCUAGAGGUGUCCAUGCUGAGGAUCAAUGACUCUGGGACCUACCAAUGCCUCGUGGAAAUGGCGGGAGCUGAUUACAAACAGACAACUUUGACUGUUAAAGCCUCCUAUAAAACUAUUGUUAAAAGCAUGAAGAGACGUAGGGGAGAUGAGGUAGAGCUGGUCUGUGAGUCUGAGGGCUAUCCUCUGGCCACUAUGACCUGGAAAGACAGGAGUCUUAGGAACAUAAAGUCCAAUGACACCACUGUUAGAACUCCAGACCAGCUUUUCCAAGUCGCCAGCAAGAUAACAGUGAAAUCCUCUGACAAAAACAACUACACCUGUGCCUUGGUGGAGGAAGGGGAAGUUCCAAAAGGUCCAUCAGCCAGGUUUGAAAUCCCAGAUGAAAUAGCCCUACCAGCAAUUCAUAGUCAAUGUAACACCCUUUCUAUUGCAUUGGGCACGUCACUGACAGUCAUUGCUGCUGCCAUGGCCAUUGCUGCUGCCAUCUUUGGCUAUCGCAGAUGGAGAGGGAGGCCCAGGGAUCCCAGCACCCCGAGCACUAACACCCUCCAGGCUCAGCAGAGAUGGGAACUGGACCCUUUUAUUGUCUAGCAGCUUCAACUGGCCCUGGUAAUAAACUGUCAGAGGGUCACACAGAUGACCUGUUCCAGGAGGUAAUAGAGAAGGAGCUUGUCAGGACUGUGCUGUAGCUCCUCACUGAGACUGAGACUGUAAACUGUGUGCAAAGGACUGAGGACACAAAAGACUCAUGCACACACACAUACACUCAUAUUGACUCUGUCAGAUAAAGUUUUAAUCGUGUUACAUUUACUGAUACCUCAAGAACAUGUUUUACGUUUUUAUAUUAACAUUUCAGAAUUGUUUUGAUAACGUCAAACCACUGAUAAUGUGGUUAUACCCAGUGGCGAUUUUAGCAUGUAAAUCUUGGUGGGGCGAAUGCCACAAUUUUUUUAAAUGCACACCAGCAAAGCCACAACAAUACACAACACUAAACAAUACUUUAAUUGCACUAUAACAGUGACAAACGGUGCCCACAAACUGUUAUGGCCUACAUAAAGCUGUCCAAACAGCAGAGCUUUCUUUUCAGCACCAUGGAGUGAAUCCUUACCACCGCUACACCUGGCUAUCAGUGGAGCCUCGUCUGGCAGCGAAACAGUUCAUUCAGCCUCAUUUACUGACUUUUUAAAAAUAUAGCUGAUACGGCUGACUUUCUUAAACAAAUGUGGUGUCUACUCACUCCUUGUGGAUUUGUGUAAGUCGAUAAGAACCUCAUUCUCCUUUAAUAGUAGCGAACUCCAACAUGAGUUUUGAAUUUUGAACCAUACACAAACAUUAUUACAUUUAUGUUCAGUAAAUUCAUAAUGUCUGUUCUUAUCAUUAACACUUAAUUCUAAGUGCAAGCAAACGAGCUGCAACGAGGUAGGCCUAUUCGGUCAGCACUUUCAAAAUGGACACCGACAGAAAUUCAGAUAGUGAGAGAGAUGCAGUUAUCCUACCAUUUUAAGUAUUUUAUUUGGCCUAUGUGGUCUAAAAAGGAAGGAAAAUACAAUCAUAGACAAUAUACCGACACACAGACAGCGCAAACAAAACGACCCUUGCAAUAUAUACUGGAAAUACAUUAACUUUUUGUUGAAAACAAAUAUUUAAAUGGGAAGAGCCAGUCACUGGCAACAGCGUUUACAGACCGAAAAACAUUAUAAAAUGUUGUCGUCUAAGGUGCUUUCAAGACAACUGGGAACACUGAAAAAAACAAGGUUGAAUCAUGACGUCAGUGACCUCCAGGUCGGAACUUUAGUUCCCGGUUUGGAAUUCUGAGUUGGAUGACCGUUCAAACCGUAUUUUCCCAAUCUGAGCAUGUUUUUUCCUAAGUUUCCAGUUGUCUUGAACUCACUGAAAUCUGAGAUUUCCCAGUUCCGAGUUUCCAUUUGUUUUGAACGCGGCAGAAGUCAUGCUGGAUUGACAGCAUGGACAAUGUAUUCAACCUUUUCUGGCACCCAUGGUGUUGCACCCAUGGUGUUGCGAGUGAAUGUUUAUGCUUUUAAGCUUGGAAAAGACACAAUUUCAAACAGAUGUUUUAAAUCCUUAAACCCAGACUUGGACCAUAUACCCUGUCCACUGAAUAGCAGGCAGGGGAAGCAAAAUAGGGAUUGCUUUGCAACGCUUGCAGUUAGCCACUGAUUCCUUCCCAACCACUCAUUGUUGAAUUUGCGAUUUCCGACUUGUUGUAUAAUGUUUAUGUCCAAUGGCCAUUUAGCACCGAUACCUUUUAUCUGUAAUUUAUCUUCAUAUGACAUGUAUUGAAAAGGAUUUGCCAGUAGAUUGUCGAAGUGAUUCAUGAUGAUAACUGCUUGUCGAGCAACUAGCUAAGAUUUUGAACGUAACAUCAGUUCAAUCAAAGCUAUAACAUGAUUUGACAUAAUUUUAUCUGUGGCCAAUGACCUUGGGCCUUCUUGGAUGGGCGCUUGUAAUGUAAAUCUACGGCAGCACCCAAGGGGGCUAGAACUGCCUAGCUCUCCCUGUAGAUUUCUGCAGCGACGUAGUGUCCCCAGGAGUGACAGAACACUGAGCCAAUCACGGCGCAACCAGAGAACAUUACCAAUGCCUACGCUCUGUAUAUUCGUCUGGCUGUCCCUCCACCACAGAAAGCACUGAGCUAGGCUGAAACACUUGCAUUUUGGAGCUGCCUUACUCAAGAAACAGACCACGUUUGUAGGCUGCUUUAUUAACUCUAUGUGACAUAAUAAUAUUUUUUUUUUGCUUAACAGGUGGGGCUCAAAACAGGUGGGGCUCUGCCCUCUCCUGCCCUGAAUGACGGGUCGCCACUGCUUAUACCACAUUUACUUGCUGUAUAUGCUGUACCUUUACUAUGUAUAAUACAGAGAUAAGUACAUGUUUAUACAGAGAUGUCCCAUGUUGGGGGAUGUUAUUGAAAAACCAGUUCACCUCCAUGCUCACCAUGAAACUCCAGAAAGCAAAUGAGUGAUUUCAGCUACAGUUUUAGUAUUGCUCAUAUUAAUGCAGUUACCUACAGCACCUCGAGGAAUAAUGCUGUUUGAUACUCAUUAUGAGUCUAACCAUUUGCUGACCACACAGUUUCAUUUUCAGUCCAAUGUACAAUUUCCUGUAAAACAAAACUGCCUUAAAGACAGCUGUGCUAAAGACAAGGACAUGCUCUUGAUUUUUCCCACAAAAUAAAACAUUCAGUCAUCAACCAAA